GAGCAUCAUGAGCUGCCUCGGGGAUUGUCUAGAGUUGGGGCCACCGCCCGAUAUGAUACUGUCGAUGCCACCGCCACCAUUGUCAUCGUUCUUGUUGCCCAGAAAUGCGCUGGUGGCCGCCAGUAAACCGAAUGGCAACAAUAAUAACAGCCUACUGUGCAGUGCCGCUUUCAUCUGCGAACCGUCCCUGAAGGCGAACGAACAGUCCGGGAUGGAGUUUGUCGAGCUGCCCGGAAAUGGAAUGGACGACACUUGGGUCCUGGUACUAAUUUCGUCAUGUGUUGGUGUCCUCCUGCUAGGAGCCCUCUUAGCCAUGUUGAUGCUGAAAUGUCGCGAUCGAUUCUGUUUCCGUUGCAGCUCGUUCAGCUACUCCUAUCACGAUAGCAACCUGAAGCAACCGCCGCUGCACACCCUCGGUCACGAACCAUCCACCGCCAAGGCGGCCGUAUUUAUGCCCGGCGGUACGAUACUCUAUCCGACCAAUCAUCUGCACCAUCAUCAGCAGGCAGCGGCACAUCCGGACAAUCGUACACUGUGGGCCGCACUGACUCCGCACGGUACGCAACACUUUAUCACGGAAUCGUACGGUGGUAAUCCGGAGGAUCACUACGAGGUGAUUGACUAUGGGCGCAAGCAUGAGCAGUACAUUCCAUCAGCCCAUGGUACAAUCGUCAAGAGCAAGAACUCGUUCGAGAAUUCUGGCUUUGUUGACUACGACUACGAGGAUCCGACGCCGCUGAUGGAAUCGUACGCACACUUUGACGAUAUGGACUCGGGCUAUCAGGAGCCACAAGAAGUGCUUGGUUCGCUAAACCGUGCCGGCACAGCCAACCGCACAGCAACACUCAUAUCGUCCCCGACGCACAUCGAAAAUCCUAACAUGGCACCGCUCAAUCUCUACCCAACAAUGCUAAGCUCAACGAUGGGGCGCAAGAUGCAUGGUAAUUCUUCAAUUUCAGCUGCUAGUGUUGGUGGGUCCUUGUCGCGACGAAUCAGCGACAUUAAGAACUGA